UGCUAAGGUAAACAAAGCCCUCCGAUCAUUAAUGACACAAACCUAUCUUCCUCCGUGUCCGGUAGUUAGCGCUGUUAGUGACAUUUUUUACAACAUACUUCUAUGGAACUCAACAUACAGUUAAGAGGACAGACGACUUGUGCUAGAACAGGAGGGAAACAACACGGCCUCUUAGUUCCAUGCUUCAUAGAAAUUAGAGGUUUGUAAAUUUGUCAGUGCGCAUGACCACUCCUUUAUGUCAGGAAUGUUCAUUUGUUUAUGUUCUCUCUUUGAGCUAACCUACAUGAGGAUACAAUACGUUACUAGACAACAGGAAUGAGAACUAGUUGAACAGAGGUGAUUAUUAUGGCUGACCCGGAUGUGUCUUCUCAAAGUGGUGGUUAUGAUGUGGAGCUGUUUGUGGAGACCCCAGACUAUGACUUGAUCUGCACCAUUUGCCAGGGGGUCCUCAGGUGCCCAGUAAGAGCUGCAUGCCAUCACAUCUUCUGCAAAAAAUGCAUUUUGCAAUGGCUGAAGAGACAGCAGACCUGCCCCUGCUGCAGAAAGCCUGUUAACCAGAGCCUGAUAUUUGUGAUGUUCAAGCUAGGCAAGGCAAUCGGUCGCCUAAAGAUCAAGUGUAAAAAUGAGAUCCGUGGCUGCCCGGAUACUUUAGCCCUCUCAGAGCAGUACUGCCAUAGCAUGAGCUGCCUGUUUGAGCUCAUCCCCUGCCCCUACCAGGGCUGCCGUGCUCAGCUCCUCCGCAGGGACUUAGAAGCUCACGCCAGGCACUGUGAGCACUGGCGGCAACCCUGCCACAUGGGCUGUGGCACGGUGUUGUCCCACCGCACCCAGGCCCAGCACAACUGCUACAGGCAGCUGAGGCAGGAAUACGAGGCCAGGCAAAGGAAUCACCGGGUUAUUGCAGUAGCGCUCCAGAGGAAGAUGAGGAGGAUGCAGAGCACCAUGGCACACAUGAAAAGGCAGAUCGGCCUGAUCUGUGAGAGCCUGGAAGUCAUGGAUGACCUGGAGGAGGUGGAGGAGGAAGAACUGGGCGACAACAGCGGCAGUGGGAGUUUUAGUAGUAGCAGCAACAGCAGCUCAUGAACACUGGUGGGAUGUGAAAUAACUCACACACAGGAUUUUCUCUGCACUGGAACUGUGAAGGACUACAUUGAUUUUACUGAUAAAAGAUCUGUGGAAUUUGAGUGUUCAAAGACGGGCUGCCUGAAAUAGCACAUUUGAUCAGAAUUGCUUUAAGGACAUGUUGAUAAUAAAACUUCAUAUUUGAAAAUGUAUGAGUAAAGAUAUAGCCGCUUAAUACUGUGGCAUUUUUUACAUUUUUAUUUUGUAAAUGUAAAAUAUAUCAAAUACAUAUUUUGUAAAUGAA